CUGCGAUUUCAGCGCGUACGAUACGGGUUUUGGGGGCACGCGCCUAGGGAGGGGUAUCGGGGGGGGGAGCUAUCCCUGUACGUAGGCUGAGUGAGCGGACGGAUUGGUCGACGGCGACGCGGUGCAAACAUAACUCUGGAAUGGCCCUCGGCGGCGCCCGGCGGCCAGAUCGGCGGCCCAGUUGGGAGUACUUAGAACCCGACGCGCGCGCGGAUCUCCGCCUUGACGGCCGCGUCGCCGACCUGGCGGGGGCUCCCCGGCGGCGCCGCGUCCUCGGAAAAGUAGGCGCCGUCGCCGAAGAACGGCGUCAGGGAGCGCAUCAGCGCGCCGCCGUGCUUGAGCGAGUACUCCAGGAUGAAGGAGGCCAGCUUGAGCGUGACCGGCGGCGGCAGCUUCGGGACGAGCGAGAGGCCGAACAGCAACCGGGCGGCCCGGCUCUCGUGGUGGUGGUUCCCGGGCAGUCCGCGCCAGCCCGCCAGGAACCCGCCCCAGACCUCCUCGUCCAGCGCGAAGAAGCCGGCGAACCAGCCCCGCAGCGCCUCCGCGUCGAGCGUCAUGAGGAACUCGCCCCCGAACAGGGCGAACUCGCGCUGCAGGGACGCCUGCCGCGACCAGACCGCGGCGUACGCCGCCCGCGCGGCGCGGUCCGGGUCGGGACUCUGCCGCAGGGCGCGCCCGAGCGCCCCCGACAGGUGCGGCGCCGCCGCGAGCGCGCGGCAGAGCUGGUAGCCCGUCGCCGGGUGCACGAGCGCCGCGGCGGCCCCGAACGCGACGACGCGCUGCCGCGGGUCCGGUCGCGGCCCGCCCAUCGGGAUGUAGCACAGCUCCGGCGGCUCGUCCGCGCAGACCUCGACGACGUCUAUCCCGAGGUGCGCCAGCCUCAACUUCAGCCGCCGCUCGCACUCCGCGAGCGUCACCGCCGGCCGCGCCACGAGCGACGUCUCCUCGAAGAAGACGCGCCGCGGCCCGCCGCCGUCGGUCCCCAGCGGCAUGGCGUAGAGGAACGUGGGCGGGGCCCGCUGCUCGGCCGCGGGCAGGUGGUCCGUCCGGUAGUCGAAGAGCAGCAUCGCGUCGUCCGCGUAGGGCCCCAGGUCGCGCACGAGGCACUCGACGCCGUACGCGACCUGAAAGCCCGGCGGGGGGAUGGGGGCGCCGACGUCGGGCCCGCGCCGCGUCGUGAGCCGCGACUCGGCGCCCGUGCAGUCGACGACGACCGUGCACCGCAGGCUGGACCCGCUCUGGAGGUGGAGCGUCGUGCCCGCCGCGUCGUGCGCCACGCCAUCUACCACGUUCGCGCACCAGUCGCCGCCCGGACCGAUCUCGAGGUUCUCCCGCACCUCGACCACGCCCGCGUCCGCCGCGCGGCGCCGGAGCCGCUCUUUGAGCGUCGCCCGGUCCACGCGGCAGUACGCUCGCUGCAAGGUCGUGCGCUCGUCCGGGGGCGCGCCCCAGGACCCCCCGAAGAAGCAGUCCGUGCGCGGCCACGUCGCGUCGACGCACCCGCGCAGCUCGAGCUCGGGCAGCGACUCGCUCAGCGCGUGCCACUCGGCCUCCCACACGCCGUAGUUGUUGGGCCACGGCUUGUCGAGGUUCGCGUCGACGAGAGCCACGCGCAGACCCUCGCGCUCCGCCAGCAGCCACGCCACGACGGAGCCCGCCGGACCCGCGCCUAUCACGGCACAGUCGUAUCCGCGCGCGGCCGCCGUGGUGUCGUCGUCGCCGCCGCCGGCGCGCAGCGCGGUUACUGCAUCUGCGCGCGCGACGGCCGGCCGCGAUCUACAGCUCGCGAGCGCCGGCGUCCUCACCCUCAGUGCUGGCUGCAAGGCAGAGGCGACGGCCAAGAAGGCGGGGGCGACGCCGCCUACCAAGCGGCGCGGUCGCGCCAUUCUUGUACCUGCAGUGAUUUGCCGCACUUUUUUUUUUAGUGCCGCACUGCCACACACUGCUCCAAGCUCAAGCUCUGUGCGGUACUGCGGUACC